UUUGUUUACUAGUUUCCCGAAGUCGAAGAUUAUUCUUUUGUUCUCUUAAAUCAAUGCUUAUGCUUAAAUGCUUAUGCUUAAAUGCUUGAUCGAGUGAUACAUUAUUCGAAGAAAAAGAGAAUAUUUUUGGUUUUGCAAUGCACGUGCUGAAUGAAUAGUUCUGCUGUUGCAAAAUAAAUCAUGGGAAAGCGAUAUUAUUGUGAUUACUGUGAACGAUCUUUUGCUGAUGGAGCUGAAAAUCGGAAGAAACAUUUGGCUAGCGUCCAUCAUCAAAAACUGAGGAAAGCUCAUUAUGAUAUGUUCAAAGAUGCUGCUGUUAUUUUGGAAGAAAAUCGACAAAAAAAACCAUGCCGCAAAUUCCAUCAAACAGGCCAUUGUGAAUUUGGAUCUGGUUGUAAAUAUUCUCAUUUGACACCUCUUGAUGUACAGAAUCUUGAAGAACAAGUUCGGCAAGAAAAGUUGGGUAUUACUUUACCUAAACCAAGAGUAGAGCCUGAUAUUGAUUCCUGGCUGCAAGCUAAAGUUUCCAAAAUGAAGGAACCACCUUCAGCAACACCUGCAGAUGUACAACAUCCUAUUUUGCCAUCUGUUCUUUCCAGCAUUCCCAACCUUCCACCUUCUCUCAUACCUUCGAAACCAUCUGAAAUCUCGAAUGUUAAUAAAGAAACCACUGCACAGUGGGGAUAGAGUUUAAUUUACAAAAAUUUUCUGCCGUUUGGUAGACAAAGCCUGCCAAAGAAGUAUAUGCACACUUUAACAAAUGAUAACUAUAUGAAGCAUGUUAACACUAAAUAAAUUCACAUAUCAUAAGUUGAAUAAAAGUUACCUUUAAUCUCUACAAUUCCAAAAUAUGCUUAAAGUAAUAGUUGCUAGCAACCACACAUUCAUUAACAAUAACAAAUCAUUGCUAGAGUAACUUUGUGCAAAAUGCCCUUAUAACUACAUAUGAUGUUUUAAUGUGUUCAGAAGAAGGAAAAAGUCUGUUAGUACAUCUAGCUGGCUUUCUGUGACACAAAGCAUCCUUUAUCAUCCCUCACAGGUAAAAGUCUAAUGGUAUUAAAUUACGUGAAUGUUUAACAUAUAUAUAUAUAUAUAUAUAUAUAUAUAUAUAUAUAGAUCCAUCAUCUGGAACCUCAUCUGGAUAAGUUAUAUAUAUAUAUAUAUAUUCUGGCUCCUGUCAUUUGUGAACAUUGUAUGGCAAAUUUCUGUGUCAGGUGGAUGCAAUUUUUUAACAUCAUAGCUGUCAAACAAGGGGUUCUUGCUAUUCAGGGUCUGUCUGAUUUUUCCAUGUGAACACUGCAACCAGCACCAUGUGUUUCAAAUUUUUCCCAAAGAUGUAUAAUUAUCUGCCAAACUGAGUUAUGUUGCUAACUCAUGCCUCCAUUUAUAUAUAUUCAAGUAAUAUUCUGAAAUUGGAAAUGUCACUUUAAAAUGUUCUUUUAAAGAAGUCCAUAGAUAUCAUUUGUUGAAAUGUCUUUUUAAGUUUUUGAUGGACUCUGUAUAAUACAUAUAUAUAUAUAUAUUAAAUAGUUAAAUAAAUCUUUUAUUUCAAUGCUGAAAUAUCUGUAUUUAUUUAUUUAUUUCAAAUAGGAUCAUAUGCAGUACUGUAGCUGACAUAGUUUAUUAAUUUUAGAUGAAGCACAGAAAUAACUAUGUCACCAGAUAAUUAAAAAUGCAAACACAUAUACACAAUACCUCCAAAAGGUUUUCUCAAAAUGCAGGAAUGAGGAAGAGUAAGCUUAGAGAGCUAUUUAUGAGUAUUAAGAAAUUCAUUCACUUGCCAUGAAAGGAGUAAAAAGCUGCACCACAAAUCUUAACACUUUCGCUGCUGGUCAUAAGGUUUUUAUUGAUAGUUAACGCUGUGUCAUAGAAAUAGACUAUACCCAUAUGCCGACUUACUUAUUGUAAGAAAUAGGAUUUAAAUAAGGUAAUAAAAGAUUGUUAUAUGUACCACAUUCCUUACUAAGCCUUUAAGUAUGAAAUUUUAUUACUACGUGCCGAUGCAUGAUUGACACUUUAGGUAAAAUUAAAAUAAAUGCCGCAUUAUGUGCUGGCACGUGGCAUUUAAAAACGAAUCAAAAUGAAUAACAAUAUGCAUUAUUUGGGUAUGAAACUAUAUUAUAAACAUAUAUAUAUAUAUUACAAGAUGAAUUUAUUACAAGAUAGUUACAAUGGUAUUAUUGCGAGCUAUGUAUUUUAGAAUGUUAUUCAUGUAUGAUUUUUGCAUGAAAUGAAACUUUUUUCCCAUUCCAAACCACACAUAUUUACAACUAGUUUGUAAACUUCACUCCACGUCAAUACCAACAUAUAUCUCCUCAAUGAAUGCCAGCUGACCUUGAAAAUAAACAGUGAGAAGUUGCUUUUCCCACUCCAACACAUGACACCCACACCAAGUGCAAGAGCAUGAUUGGCUUUUCAACAAUAACAGCAGUCACGCGCAGUGCAUGAUUGGCAGUGAAUGUGUUAAAUGACAAAUGUAUAUUUCACAUUUUUAUCUUCAAAUUCAAAAACUAUUAAAAAGGAUGGCGAGUAAUAAAAUAACACCAGCUUCAGUACUUUCUUGUUAACUGCAUCACAGUAUUAAAAGAAAAUUUUGUUAUUAUUAUAACAUAUUAUUGUACUGCAUUUAUUAAAACUUACUUAUUAUACGUAUUGUAUGUAUGUCUUACUUUCCCCGUGAAAAUUAAAAUACACAGGAAAAUCUGAAAAGCUGAUAAAGAAAAAAACCUCCAUGUAAAAAUGCAAUUCUUCAAAAGAAAUGAGCCCAGUAAUAACUUAGCAUAUAAGUCCAAUGGACACUAGCAAAAGAUUUGUUGCACUAGCAUUUUUUUCCCCUUGUGUGUACAAUAAUUAUGAGUCAUUUUCUGUGACAAAAUCCCCCAUAAAGGAUUCCUUUUCUGAAGCAGAUGACCCUUGUAUUAUCUGCUUUAGGAUAGAAUGCUCAAGAUUUGUUCUCAAAGACUGAGGUAUCCAUAUCUUACUGCAAAACAAACUCUUCAGGAUAAUGAAAUUUUAUGGGUUUUUCAGAAAGCAAAAUAAGACAGGAAGUUUUAUCUAAUUUCAGAGAAUACUGUUUCAAAUAAUUAUCUUCUGUGUGUUGUUACUUUUAAUUUUCUGACUUUAUAUUUCUUUUAGUUAUUUCACUUGAAUUUGGUGAUUUUUUUUAAUGUAUUAACUUAUUCUCUCAUCAUUUGUUUUAUUAUUUUGCUUAAUUUUUAUGAUGUUUCAAUUUAUUUGCCUGUGUACCAUUAAUUUAAUUUGUUAAUAUUUAAAUUUUUUUGUCUCUUUACUUUUUGUUUCAUUUGACAUUAUCAUUAUUAUUUUAUUUAUUUUAUUCAACUGUCUUAAUAGUUUUCUACUGAACUCUGGCACUUAUCGUUUCAUAAAUUAAGCUCUGAUGAAAACAUUUAUAACAAUAUUAUUUUCCCCUUUAAUGAAAGAGUUAUUAAAUUGACAAAGGCAUUCAACAGUUCAUUACAAAGUAAGCUGAAUUAAUGAGUUAAAUAAUUAUAUGUAACUAUUAUUUAAAAUGAGUUAUCUAAACACAUGUAAGAUGCGUAAGGUAUUUUAGAACCUUUUUUAAUCUUAUCAAAUUAGUUUGAUAAAUUUAAGAGUCUGUUCAAAAUCAAGAAGCAUCUGCUUUGCUUUCUGAAUGCUUUUGUAAAGCAGGGUUUAAGCAAAGACCUUCAACUUCUGUUGAUUCAAGCAACCAAUUUCUUUUAGUGGAAUUCUAAAACUAUAACCUUCUUUAUUGGAACCCCUAAAACUUUUUUUUUUUUUUUUUUUUGGUGGAAGCACUAAUAUCCUCUCAAAAAUAAAUAAAUUAAAAAAAAAAAAAUCUGAUGAUUAGCAUGACCUCCUGCCAAUUCCAUAUACUGCCAGAAUAUUAACAAGCUUUAAGUAAACUGCCAUUUCGAAAAUAUCCAGUCAGUGGUAGUGUACCGUCUGGUCAUAUAAUGUUUGAGAUUCACAAAACCAUGACUUGAAAAUCAAAACAUUUUUAAAAAGAGCAUAUCUUGGGAAUUCUUGAUAGCAUGUUAAGUGCUCUCGUACGUUUCUUUUUAUAUUCCAUAUAUUAUUUAUGUUUAUUAUACUAUUCCUUUAAAUAUAAUACAUACUUAUAAAAUUUGGUUGCAACAUCCUUUUAUUUGAAAAAUGAUUCAACUGAAAAGUGAGGAUUGAAGCUAGUAUAUUUAUCAAAUGAGAGCUCAUCUUCUGAUGAGCUUAUUCUUGCUGUAUUUAGCAUAAUUGCAAGAAUCAUUUAAUGCUUAUAAAUGUAAUAUGUUGUUCUCUAAUGCAUACCUAUUUUAAAUACUAGAUUUGAGAAGUUUUGCAUUAUUUCAUAAUAUAUUUUGUUUAAGAAAAUGUGUUCAGAGCUUCAUGCAAAGUAUUGCUUCUUGUUUAUCAAGUUAACCAAAAUCUAAUUUGUUACCAUUGAUAUAAAAUUGUUAAAUAUUAACAUUUUUGGAUUAUACUUUAAAUAUAGUUUUUCAUCAAAAAUUGCAAUGGUCUUUAAAUAAAAUGCACUUCUAUUCGCCCUUAAAAAUUUGGUUGUCACAUUUUACCCAAAAUCUAGUCAACACUUUAUAUGGAUGUCAAAAUCUUAAAUACAGAAUAUAUAAAUUUUUGGAAAUUUCAUAUAAGAGUUAUUGUGGACAAAAAAUCUAACACGUAAACACAGAGAGAGAGACAUCAUUAUGAAAAUAGUAAAACGUAUAACAGGGACCCUAAGUCAUGAUUUUCAAUAAAAAUUUUCUAUAGAAUUUUUGGAUUGAGAAAAUUACCUUCCUUACCUGUGUAUAUAGGUUGAUGGGAGGUUAAAAAAAGAUUGAAAAUAUGUCAGUAUUACAUGUGGUUUAUAUGGAAAAUGAAAAGGAAAUCACUAUUUCAUUAAUAUUUUUUUCAUAAAAACAGAUGUAAUUAAGAUUAUUUUAAAUAAUGAUAACAAUCAUAAUUAAACAUAUUAUUUAAUUGUUUUAGAUAGCUUGUUUUAAAAUCCAUAAUCCAAAAUUCCAUAAAAUUUCUAUUUGAACUGAUGGAACCCCUAGAGAAGUUGCUUGGAAUCAUAAAGUUCUGUAAAAAAUAGUCUUUCAAAGACCACUGUUAUAAAGCAAACCUAGAAUAAUUGAGAGUUUCAAAAUUGUUAUUAAAAUAUAAUUUAAUGUCAUUGUGGUUUAUAUUUUAAUAAAUCUAAACAGAAAAAAUUAUGAAAAUAUGUAUAAAAGUUUUCUUUUAACAAUUCUAUGAAGAAAACUUUAACACUACAUGAAUAACUUGUAAUAACAUAUAAAUCUGUGAAUCUUUAGUUUUGAAAUGAAAGUGAAAUCAGUAUUAAAAAUCAACUUUUAUUUAUAUUGCAAACAUGCUACUACAGAUACAUUAUUAUGAUUUCACAUUCCAGAAAUUUCUACAUACAACAUGACCACAAGUAUUAUUGAAAGCUUUUGAUUUUCCUUUCCUUGAUUGAUGGAAUUUUUUGUUUUUGCAUUUAGCAUGUUAUUAAGGUCUAAGAACUUUGAGGCUGACUAUGUGAAAGGCACUGGUUCUUCUUUCAUCUUUUUUUUUUUUUUUUGUAAAAAUUUUUAAUAAAUAAUGUCAGAUAUGAAGUUUUUUUUUUUUUUUUUUUUU